UUCGAGGUCUGAGGAAAAAAAAUAUGGAAGUAUUAUCUUCAACUGGAUAUGCGGUAGUUAGGUUUGAAGAUGGAUCUGUCUCUGAAGUUCCUGUCAUCUGGUUAUCCAAGGACCGCAAGACUUGCUGGUGGCCUUCAACGAAAAAUAGUACCCAUUAUAUAUACAACAAUAAACAACCAAAUAAAGAAACUUGGAAAAGAAGUCCCGUCGUCAAAAUUGAAGGAUACUUCGAUACUUACGAGAAGGCAAGACACGAAGCAAGUGUGAUUAUUUACACUACAGACGAAAGCGAUGGAGACAUUAUAAAUACAAAACAAGCAACCAAAGCUCAAGUACAUAAUGUCAAUGCAGAAAUAUCUGAUGCAGAAACCGAUUCUGAAACACAAGAGGAACUGGAAAUACCACCACCAAUCAAUGAAGAUACACCCGUCGACUUUGAAGAAUUUACAGUAAUUGUUCCUCCAACUGAGGCUCCUUGCGAGAAAUGUUGCAUAGCAUUGGAACAAAUACAAAAGAACAUGUGUGAGAUAAAAGAAAUGCUGAAAGAAAUUGGUGAUAAAGUAUUCAACAUGGAAAGGUCAUCGAAUCUGACAAAUGAGGAAAAAACAGAAAUAGAUGAUAUGCUACCAAUAAAAAACAAAACAGACUUUGAUGAAUUAGAAGAUUAUCAUUGUCUGCCAAAAAAAGCAGAUUUCUUUAAAAGACUGUUGUCCCAGAUAGGUGGUAAUGGGUACAAGGAUAAUGUGGGUUGUGUUUUAAAAAAUAUAUUUUCUAACGAAUUUGCAACUAAUUGUUCAUGGCUGGGUCAGCGGGGAAAUUUCAGACUAGCAGAGACGAAGGCGAUAAAUAUCGUGAAAGAAAUUAUACUGAAGGCCCAUUUUGUAAGAGAAAAAGAAGUGGAGCAAUGCUGCUCAGAGUGGAUACGUCAUUCCAAGCAACGUUUAAAGAGGGAAAAAGCUACGAAUUGA